GGCGAGCUGGCCUCUCGCUGCCCUUCCGCCUCGUCCCUCUCCCUCACACGCAUGAGAUCAGUCCUGCUUGCUGCGCUCUUCGCGGGCGCGGAGGCGCUCGCGGGUGCGGCGCGUGCUCCCGCGCUUGCUCGCGGCGGCGCUCCGGCGAUGGCCGCUGUGCCGGUCGCCAAGUUUGACGGCGCGGCGGCGGGCGAGGAGGCGGUGGAGCUUCGCGUGGCCAAGGCGGGCGCGUAUCUGGUGCACCGCAAGGUUGUGGCGGAGCAGGCCAACAUGCGUCUCGGGACCGCCAAGGCCAAGACGCGCAUGGAGGUGCGGGGCGGCGGGCGGAAGCCCUACCAGCAGAAAGGGACGGGGCGCGCGCGCCGCGGCUCGUCCCGCUCGCCGCUUCUCGUCGGCGGCGGUGUGUCGUUUGGUCCGCGGGGGGUGGGCAAGGCGCGGUACGCGCUCAAGAUGAACAAGAAGGAGAAGCGGCUCGCCAUCUCCACCGCCCUCAUGUCCGCCGUCGGAAAGAUGACGGUCGUAGAGGACCUGGACACGCACUUUGCAGCGCCCAAGACAAAGGACAUGAAGGCCUUCCUCGAGCGCGUCGACGUGGACACCGACGGGCGCCAGUCGACCCUCAUCCUCACCAAGGACCGGCAUGAAAACACCUACCUCUCGGCGCGCAACAUCCCCUGUAUCCGCCUCCUCCGUCGCCACUUCCCCAGCCCGCCGCCACCCCACCCCCGCCGCCAGGUGCUCGUCGCCUCGUCAGCUCUCGCUGAGAUCAAGGACCGGUACAGCGCGUGAAGCGCGAACAUCGCCCGCGCCUGACGUCGGGGACCGCGCUGUGUGACGAAUCGCCUGAGGCCCCCAGUCGCUGGCGUGGCUGUUGUUCUGCGCGCACCCUGAAAAUCCCGCCUCGCGCCCAUUCUCGCGUGGUGUCCACUGGCAGUGCUGGCGGUUAGUUUCCAGGUUGAGAUAUGUCACGUAUAACUGG